CGCCCAUUCUUACGGGAUUUUUUCAAUUCACUCGACUUAGUGGCUGUGGUUUCGUUUUGGAUCCAUUUCAUCAUCCGUUUUGCAACCUCGCGUGACAAUAGAUAUGUCCAUGUCUUUGCCAUGCUAAGCGCUCUCCGGAUUUCGAGGCUGCUGGGGAUCACGGCUGGAACGGACUUGGAGACCACCGUCAUUCGUCGAGCGUUGAAAGUGUCAAGCGCAAAACUUGGGAGGGUUACAUCAUUUAUUUCCUUCUUUUGGCUUCUUUUUGCCGUUAUUGGCGUUCAAUGCUUUAAGUCAAGCCUGAAGAGGAAUUGCUUUCCGAUCAGCACCGGCACUGCCGGAUCCAAUACUACGUCCACAGGCCCAAUCCAAUUUUGCGGAGGUUAUAUCGACAACAAGACAGGACUUCCUGAGCCGUGGCUAAAGAUCGAUGGCACCCCCGGAGCUGUCAGACACAAAGGCUACCUCUGCCCUCGAGGGUCGUUGUGUCAGGAGAGCAUGAAUCCGUACAACAAUUCCGUCAGCUUCGACAAUAUUUUUCAGUCAUUGGAACUUGUUUUCGUAAUUUUCUCCGCGAACACCUUUUCAACCCUUAUGUACAACAUUAUGGACACAGAUGGGGUCGUUACUGCCAUUUUCUUUGCGGCCGUGAUCAUCGUACUUUAUUUCUGGCUUGUAAUCUUACUGAUUGGAGUUAUAACCGACUCAAUUCAGGACGUUAGAAAGAAGAGUCAAACGGCAGUAAGCGAGAAGGACCAUAAGUUAGGCAAACCAACCCAACGAAAGGAUCGCGACCCAUCGCGAUUCAAACGUGCUUCACUUCAAAAAGCUUUCUGGAAAACUAAGUGGCUCUGGAUCACUAUCAUCACCUACAAUUCUACGGUACAAGCCCUACGAACAGAGUCGAUGGCUAAGAAUAGGGAGAAGUUUAUUAACACCUCUGAAACCGCUGUUACUUUCCUGCUCUUAGUAGAGAUCGUGGUACGGCUUGCGCUGAACCCGAGGAAUUUCCACCGUAGUAAACAGAAUCUGGCGGACCUGAUUAUUGCGACAGUCACCUCCAUUAUGCAGCUAGAGAUCUUAAAAAGGGCAGGCCGGGUAUAUACCUGGCUAACUUUUUUUCAAAUUGUCCGAAUCUAUCGUGUUCUUUGGGCGAUCAGUCCAGUCAGAGGUCUCAUGAUGGUUUCCUUUACCUACUUUCCAUCCCUGUUACGACUUUGUAACUUCCUUUUCCUACUCGUCUUCUUGGCGUCUAUUCUGGCUUCGGUGAUGUUCCAAAACUCUCUCCCUGUGAACAACCCCACUUCGCAAGGAAAAAUGCCAUUUUCGGGAACAUGGAUAUCGUUUCUAGAAAUGUAUCAGAUCUUCACAGGCGAAGACUGGACCAAACUUCUCUACGCCGUCACUGAACGCGACUCUGGUCAAAAGGCUGCCUGGAUCAGUGCUAUAUUCGUAAUUGGCUGGUUCAUCCUUUCAUCUCUCAUCAUCCUGAACAUGUUUAUUUCCCGGAUAGAUGACAGGCUAGAAAUUCCAGAUAGCCAAAAGCGCCUUUUCCAGGUCAGGGAAUUUCUGAAACGCGAGUCUGUUACCUCCACGGGUACCAAUAUGCACGGUGAACGCAGCCUGAAAGGCCUACAAGACUCCGGAAAAGGCGGUCCAACACCCAGUCGGGCAACUACUCUGGCCGAUACGCACCGGGAUGCUGCCAUCAGAGAAUUCCUUGGCGACGAUGGACUUCUUGCACAGCUUCAAGCAUCCUUGGCCAGGCCCAUGGUAGAGCAGAGCAAGAGCUGUCCUAAGGUGUGGUGGUACCAGGCAGCUGCGAAGUUAAGUACUAGAUUGCCAACACUUUUGACUAGCAGACGCUCUAAUUAUCUCUUACCUACGAAUACUUCCAGCCAUUCCUGGAGGAGCCUAAGCUUAGACUACACUGGGUAUUAUGGCAAGAUUCGAAGAGGCUGCGAGGAACUCCUCAAUCAGCAACUAGCAACCCACCAACACUGGGGAUGUUCACGCGCCACCAUCUUCAAAACCUUUAUCUACAUCACCGUUGCCGUACAAGUUCUUCUCACCUGCGUAACAACUCCUCUUUAUCAAAGGACAUACUGGAUGACUCAUCCUUACACCGUAAAGAACUGGUUUGUAUUGACCGAUUUGGUGUUUGCCAAUAUUUGGACCGUAGAAGCGCUCAUCAAAAUGGUCGCUGGUGGACUUAUCAGGGGACCAAACGCAUACUUUCGAGGUUGGAAUCUCUUGGACGCCAUGGUACUCAUCACAGUGUGGACUGAUAUCGCGCUGUCGCUUUAUAAUGAGGUGGGACAAGCCGCUAGCUUUGUUGCAGCCUUCAAGGCUCUUCGGGUACUUCGAUUGUUGACUAUAAACAAGAAAGUCAUGGAGGAGAUUACCUUGAUUUUCCGUCGGGGCAGUAAGAGGGUAUUCGCAGCUAUACUGGUUUCUCUCAGUCUCUUGACUCCCUUCGCAAUCUUUGGCCUCAACCUCUUUAUGGGGCAGUCGAAAUCUUGUAAUGACCCUAGCCAUUGGGACUUGCGGGACUGUGCCCUGGAAUUUGAAGCUUCCGGGCUAAGUCAAUGGACAAUCCUCACCCCGAGAGUCGUUACCCGGCCAUAUUACUCGUUCGACAACUUUGGACAGUCGUUUUAUACUUUGUUCCUGAUUGUGUCUCAAGAAGGAUGGACGGAUGUGAUGUAUUGGGCCCGAGGCAUCAGCAAUGACCCUACCCGCCCCAACACGUCGACCUCAAACAUGAACGCCUUAUUUUUCGUCGUGUUCAAUUUCUGUGGGACUAUCUUUGUAACCGCUCUUUUCGCGUCAAUCAUGAUCCAGAACUAUACUGAAGCAACGGGCAUUGCAUAUCUGACGCGACCUCAGCGAGGAUGGAUCGAGCAGCGAAGGCUACUCAAGCGGGUACGCCCUUCUAAACGUCCACCUAAUCCAGACAGCUUAAGCCCGUGGAGGCUUUGGUGCUAUGAAAGAGCCACAGGAAAGCAGUCAAAAUGGCAAAGAUUCAUCGCCGCUCUACUGGUACUGCAUCUGAUAAUUCUCUGUAUCGAUUUCUAUCCCUCUAUCGCUUCUUGGGAAUUGACAAGAGAUAUUCUCUCUGUGCUCAACAUCUCAGUCUUAGCUCUGAAUGUUAUCGUACGCAUCAUUGGGCUAUCCUGGCUCCAAUUUAUCAAAAGGCCCUGGGAUCUCUACGGCCUUAUCUCAAUAUCUGGAGCACUAUCCACGUCCAUCCUUCAACUCUGUUUCAGGAACAAUGCAGCAAUUACCCAAAGCAAGCAGAUUCUCCAGGACGCCACUUGCUUUCUCCUAAUCCCGUACGUCCCUGCCUUCGACGAAUUGCUAAACAUUGUAAUUGCUAGCAUACCCCUUCUCCAAACCCUCCUGGUGACAUGGUUCGUCCUACUUUUAUUUUUCGCGAUCAGCCUCACCCAGGUCUUUGGACUGACUCGAUUUGGUGCGAACGAGACCGGCAACGUCAAUUUCCGCAACGUUCCUAAAGCGCUGAUUCUCCUCUUCCGAAUGACGCUUGGCGAAGGCAGAACUAAGAUAAUGGAAGACUUUGCUUCUAUUGUGCCACCAUAUUGCACAGUUGGCGAGAGGCGCUUCGACGGGGAUUGCGGAUAUGCAGUCCUAGCGCGUGUUUUCUUCAUCUCUUGGAAGGUACUGAGUAUGUAUCUUUUCACGAAUCUGUUUAUCUCACUUGUGUAUGAGAGUUUCUCGUACGCGUAUCAUGGGUUCAAUACCAAGGGCGGGACCAUCACGAAGAAUGAUAUCCGCCAGUUCAAGGAAGCGUGGGCAAGUGUGGAUCCGAAAGGAACAGGGUAUAUAUCGCCGCGUUUGCUUCCCAAAUUCAUCGCACGGCUUUCUGGAGGCUUCAGUAUGCGCGUCUAUGACGAUGACUUCUCCAUCUCCACACUAGUCAAGGACUGUACAUUUAGAUUACCACUUCAUCCUGGAGAAAUCGAUUUAGGCAAGCUGAACGAAAGACUACAAGGACUUCCAGCCCGGGAAAUACAGGGUCGGCGACUGGCGAUGAAGCGGUUCAGAACCGAACUUCUCAUGGGUAGUGACCCACGACGUGGGAUUUCGUUUACGGCAGCGAUGUUAGGGUUGGUUCACUAUAAGAUCCUCGAUGACCAUCAGUGUUUAAGGUUUCAAGAAUAUUUGGAGCGCGCAGAACGAUUACGGGAGGUGGAUGAAGUGUUGUGUAAACAGUCUCUGGCGGGGUUCAUUAAUAUGCACCUUUGUACCCGCUCCCUACGUAAAAGAAGAGAAGGCCAAGAAGGCCAGUAAUUUAGGCAAUCCUGGUCCGUAGGAGAGUAUAGAAAUGGCUCCUGGGGUAGAGGCCCUACAGCUUUAGAAUACGCCCGCAAAUGUGGGCCAUCAUUACAGGCAGGGUAGCG